AUCCUAUGCUCACGAGUGCAGACUCACACUAGUUGGUUCUAGAAGGGUCCAUUAUCAUCAGAUAAAACCCCUAUCUCUAUUUAGGGUUUUAUUAUCUUCAUUUCAGCUUUUAACGCCCCUUCUCUUCCUUCCAAACCUCUCUUCUUCGCCUCUACUAAGUGUAAGUAAGUUCCACUCAAUGGCCAGCACCCAGCUCACAGCAAUAGCGUCAUCAGUCUCUACGACGUCGUUGGAAAGGCUUCGACCUUCGACAUUUCAGAUGGGCCGUGUGAGGAUUGGCAAUCUUCCCCAGAGGUCCUUCAGGGGGUUGGUCGUUAAAGCUGCCACUGUUGUUGCCCCUAAGUACACCGCAAUUAAGCCUCUGGGUGACAGAGUACUGAUAAAAGUUAAGGAAGCAGAAGAGAAAACUGACGGUGGGAUUUUGCUUCCCUCAACCGCUCAAACUAAGCCUCAAGGGGGUGAGGUGGUUGCUGUUGGUGAAGGAAAGACAGUUGGGAAGUCAAAAGUAGAUGUUAGUGUGAAGACUGGUGCGCAAGUUGUGUAUUCUAAAUAUGCUGGUACCGAGGUAGAAUUCAAUGGUACAAAGCAUCUUAUUGUGAAGGAUGAUGACAUUGUCGGUAUCCUUGAAACUGAUGACAUCAAGGAACUUAAACCCUUGAAUGAUAGAGUCCUCAUAAAGGUUGCUGAAGCCGAGGAAAAAACUGCUGGUGGUUUAUUACUUACCGAGGCAACCAAGGAGAAGCCUUCUAUUGGAACAGUGAUAGCAGUUGGUCCAGGGCAAUUGGACGAGGAAGGCAACAGAAAACCAUUGUCCGUGACACCGGGGAACACAGUAUUGUACUCCAAAUAUGCUGGAAAUGACUUCAAGGGAAAAGAUGGUGACUAUAUUACCUUGAGGGUCUCAGAUGUCAUGGCUGUCCUCUCCUAGGAACAAUAUGUCUGGUUUUUGUGACUUCAAUUUUUCGUGUCCAUCUUGAGGAAAGUGGAUUUUUUUUAAUUGUAAUGACGAUUGAAAAAUAUAGUUUAUUGCUAGACAAUAUGCCUUGGAUUUUGAA